ACUUCCUGUUAUUCAAGACCUUGCCGCAAAUCUCUUGUCACUUCAGAUCAGUCAGUCUGUAGGAUUCCUCUUGGUUUGUACACUGGGAAUUGAAAUAUUAGUCUUCAGCUUUUUCUACCGCUCUACACUUACUAUUGGUCUUCUUGUCUUUGCUGGCUGGCCAGUGAUCACACAGCUGUGGGUUCAAGCAAAGGCAACAGCAUUGAUGUGGACUUUUCUGUGUGUCCUCCUGGCAAUAUUUCCUUUAAUGCCUGUUGUAGGAAGAGAACCAAACAUUCCUCUGGUACUAGUAACUGGUUUGCUGACUCUCUUGAUCUCUUGCUUCUCAUUGGCAUCUCUUUGUAAAAGCGAAAAUAAGUACAGAAAUAACGAAGAUCUGAAAGUACAUUUUUAUCAGAUGUUGAGUAUUGCACUUUCGACAUACGUUGUAAGCAGUACCCAUGACAGUCUUAAGAACAAGCAGGGAUUGCCUGUAUUGAAUCAAAUUAUUAGCUGGAUGACUCUAGUUUCUUCCUCAGUGUUGCCGUUACUGAGCCCCACAUUUCUCUUUCAGCGACUGUUCAGCAUAUUGCUCUCCCUGAUGUCCACCUACCUGCUCCUCAGCACAGGGUAUGAAGCUCUGUUUCCACUGGUGCUAUCUGGUUUGAUGUUUGUGUGGAUAAAUAUGGAGCAAGAAGCACUGCAGCACUAUGGUCUUUCACUCAAACCAAAGCUUGCUGUUUUCAACUUUGCCUAUGCUACUGAUAUAACUCAGUUUCGACAGCUCCACCUAGAUGAUGUCCGCAGGUCUUUCUUCUUUGUUUUCUUCAUAGUGACAGCCUUUUUUGGCACCGGAAACAUAGCUUCUGUUAACAGUUUUGAUCCUGCUUCUGUCUAUUGUUUCUUGACUGUGUUCAGUCCCUUCAUGAUGGGAGGCUUGCUUGUGCUAAAGGUUGUAAUCCCAUUUGUUCUGGUAUCAUGUGCUUUCGAAGCCGUUCAAGUCACAACACAACUGUCUUCUAAGAGCCUUUUCCUCAUUGUUCUUGUGAUUUCAGACAUUAUGGCUUUGCAUUUUUUCUUUUUAGUUAAAGAUUAUGGAAGCUGGCUGGAUAUUGGAACAAGCAUUAGCCACUAUGUGCUGGUGAUGUCAUUGACCAUAUUUAUGAUGCUGAUGAAUGGACUGGCCCAGCUGCUAACUACAAAGAGACUUGAACUUUCCAGAAGGACUAAGCACCAUUCCACGUGA